UUGAAACAAGAACAAGGAAGUAUAGCAACAUAAAUCUUGAGACUCAGCUGGAAAAUUAUUGCGACGUAACCAAUUUUGAAAACAUUACAAUCAUCAACGAACAUCAUAAAUCCUUAAAUUCAGUAAGAUCUGCAACUGUUAUCAUGAUGUCAAAAUGGUGGAAUUUAUUUCCGUUUGUUCUUUUUGUAACAAGUUUUUCCUCAAAAAGCUUUUGCAUUAACAUCUGUCCAACAAGAGAAGUAACUCUAUCCAGUGGAAACAUUACUUCACCGAACUAUCCCAGUUAUUAUUAUAAUAACAUAAAUUGUACUUUAACCAUACGAGCACCAUCUGGUUUUUCCUUUAACUUUACGUUUACCAAACUUGAUCUUGAAUUUAAUUCAAGCGGUGGGUGCUACGAUUAUGUUAAAAUAUCAGGAAUUUUUUGGAAAGAUUUUUGCAAUGAAAAUACACCUUUCAACUUCUACCCUGGUGGCAAUGUCGUUACUGUUCAAAUGUAUUCAGAUUCCAGUUUUACAAAGAAUGGAUUUCGUCUCCAAUUUGUGAGGUAUUUUUCAAAUACAACACUGACACCGACACCGACAAAUACAGUUUGCAAUGACGGUUUGGGAACAGCAUCUUGUCCAUGGCAUAAUGAAAAAACAAGUGAUGAUUUUGAUUGGUCAAUUGGCAGGGGCAGUACGUCAAGCUCCAACACUGGUCCAAGCAAAGACUCAAAAGGAUCAAUUAACGGAAAGUAUUUUUUCAUUGAAACAUCCUCUCCUCGAAAGCAAGGAGACAAAGCAUGGUUGGUCAGUCAAAGUUUUUUCUACUCAAGAAAAUGUCUCAUAUUUUACUAUCAUAUGUAUGGCAACAAUAUUGGAUCCUUGAAUGUGUACAGAAAAAUCUACGGAAGUAAAUAUAAAGUCUGGAGCAAAAGUGGUAAUCAAGGCAAUACGUGGUUUAAAGCACAAGUAAACGUGAAUAGCUUAAUAUAUAGCUAUAAGAUUAUUAUUGAAGGAGUCAGAGGAUCUGGUUUUAAAGGAGAUAUUGCUGUGGAUGAUAUUGAACUUAAAGAUGGAUACUGUAAUGUCCAGUCGAUGACUCCCUUGUACAGUCUUACAGCAGUACCAACAGGGCAACGAACAUAUGCACAAGGAUGCACAUUUCAAAAUGGACUGGGAACAACAAGUUGUCCAUGGAGGAAUAUUAACUAUGAUGGUUACUCUUAUGAUGAUUUCGACUGGACUGUAGGCUCGGGUUCGACUAAUUCCUACUACACAGGACCUGGAUUUGAUAAAUAUAACUCUGCAUUUGGGAAAUACGCCUACAUGGAUGCUUCGUCACAACGAAGAAGGAACAAGGCCUGGCUAUUCAGUGAUUAUUUCAACAGUUCCACCACUUGUUUUCGAUUUUCAUAUUAUAAUUACGACACAUCAGGUGGUUUGUUGAAAGUUUAUCAGCAGAUUCUGCGAAGUAGAAAAAGAUGGAAAUGGACGGCAACCCAAAAAAGUAGAGCGUUUAAAUGGUUUGACGUUAAUAUAACUCUGCCACAUACUGGAUUUAACUCAGCAUACAGGAUAAUUGUUGAAGGCAUCAAAGGAUCGGGUUAUUACGUAAACAUUGCUGUUGAUGAAUUUACAUUUACAAGUGGAGCAUGCGCAAUCUUAACAGCUUGCGAUGACGGUUUUGGAACAGCAUCUUGUCCAUGGCAUAAUGCAAAAACAAGUGAUGAUUUUGAUUGGUCGAUUGGCAGUGGCAGUACGUCAAGCUCCAAUACUGGUCCAAGCAAAGACUCAAAAGGAUCAAGUUCGGGAAACUAUUUUUUCAUUGAAACAUCCUCUCCCAGACAGCAAGGAGACAAAGCAUGGUUGGUCAGUCAAAGUUUUUUUAACUCAAGAAAAUGUCUCACAUUUUACUAUCAUAUGUAUGGCAACGAUAUUGGAUCCUUGAAUGUGUACAGAAAAAUCUACGGAAAUAAAUAUUCAGCCUGGAGCAAAAGUGGUAAUCAAGGCAAUGCGUGGCUUAAAGCACAAGUAUAUGUGGAUGGCAUAUAUUAUACCUAUAAAAUUAUUAUUGAAGGAGUCAGAGGAUCUGGUUUUGAAGGAGAUAUUGCUGUGGAUGAUAUUGAACUUAAAGGUGGAUAUUGUAAUGUCCAGUCGACGACUCCCUUGUACAGUCUUACAACAGUACCAACAUGGCAACGAACAUAUGCACGAGGAUGCACAUUUCAAUACGGUAUGGGGACACGUAAUUGUCCGUGGAGAAAUGUUGCCUAUGAUGGUUACACUUAUGAUGAUUUUGACUGGACUGUAGGCUCGGGUUCGAUUAAUCCUUACUACACAGGACCAGGGUUUGAUAAAAAUAAUUCGGCAUUUGGAAAAUAUGCGUACAUGGAGGCAUCCUCACAAAGAAGAGGGGACAAGGCCUGGCUAGUCAGUGAUUAUUUCAAGAGUUCGACCACUUGUUUUCGAUUUUCAUAUUAUAGUUACGACAUAUCAGGUGGUUUGUUGAAAGUUUAUCAACAGAUUCUGGGAAAUACAAAAACAUUGAAAUGGACAGCAACCCCAAAAAGUAGAGCGUUUAAAUGGUUUGACGUUAAUAUAACUCUGCCAAAUACUGGAUUUAACUCAGCGUACAGGAUAAUUGUUGAAGGUAUCAAAGGAUCAGGUUAUUAUGUAAACAUUGCUGUUGAUGAAUUUACAUUUACAACUGGAGCAUGUGAUUAUGUAUCAUUGUACCCCACAACAGUUUGCGAUGAUGGUAUGACGGCAUCUUGUCCAUGGCAUAAUGAAAAAACAAGUGAUGAUUUUGAUUGGUCGAUUGGCAGAGGCAGUACAUCAAGCUCCAAUACUGGUCCAAGCACAGACUCAAAAGGAUCAAUUUAUGGAAAGUAUUUCUUCCUUGAAACGUCCUCUCCCAGACAGCAAGGAGACAAAGCAUGGUUGGUCAGUCAAAGUUUUUCUUACUCAAGAAAAUGUCUCACCUUUUACUAUCAUAUGUAUGGCAACGACAUUGGAUCCUUGAAUGUGUACAGACAAGCUUAUGGAUAUGACUAUAAAGUCUGGAGCAAAAGUGGUAAUCAGGGCAAUACGUGGUUUAAAGCACAAGUAAACGUGGAUGGCAUAUAUUAUACCUAUAAAAUUAUUAUUGAAGGAGUCAGAGGAUCUGGUUUUACUGGAGAUAUUGCUGUGGAUGAUAUACAACUUAAAAAUGGAUACUGUAAUGUCCAGUCGACGACCCCCUUGUACAGUCUUACAACAGUACCACCAUGGCAACGAACAUAUGCACGAGGAUGUACUUUUCAAAAUGGACUGGGAACAACAAAUUGUCCAUGGAGGAAUAUUAACUAUGACGGAUAUACUUAUGAUGAUUUUGACUGGACUGUAGGCUCGGGUUCGACUAAUUCCUACUACACAGGACCUGCGUUUGAUACAUAUAACUCUGCAUUUGGAAAAUAUGCGUAUAUGGAGGCAUCCUCACAAAGAAGAGGGGAUAAGGCUUGGCUAGUUAGUGAUUACUUCAAGAGUUCGGCCACUUGUUUUCGAUUUUCUUAUUAUAUAUACGACACAUCAGGUGGUAUGUUGAAAGUUUAUCAGCAGAUACUGGGAAGGACAAAAACAUUACAAUGGUCAGAAACGAACAGAAGUGGUGUGUUUAGAUGGUUCGACGUCAGUAUAACCCUUCCAUAUGCAGGAUUCAAUUCAGAUUACCGGUUAAUUGUUGAAGGCAUCAAAGGAUCAGGUUAUUACGUAAACAUUGCUGUUGAUGAUUUUACAUUUACAACUGGAGCAUGUGAUUAUGUACCAUUGUACCCCACAACAGAUGCGCGAGGAUGCACAUUUCAAUACGGUAUGGGGACACGUAAUUGUCCAUGGAGAAAUGUUGCCUAUGAUGGUUACACUUAUGAUGAUUUUGACUGGACUGUAGGCUCGGGCUCGACUAAUCCCAACUACACAGGACCUGGGUUUGAUAAAUAUAAUUCGUCAUUUGGGAAAUACGCCUACAUGGAGGCAUCCUCACAAAGAAGAGGGGACAAGGCCUGGCUAGUCAGUGAUUAUUUCAAAAGUUCGACCACUUGUUUUCGAUUUUCAUAUUAUAAUUAUGACAUAUCAGGUGGUUUGUUGAACGUUUAUCAGCAGAUUUUAGGAAGUAGGAGAAAAUUACAAUGGUCAAAAACGGACAGAAAUAGUGAGUUUAGAUGGUUCGACGUCAGUAUAACCCUUCCAUAUACAGGAUUCAAUUCAGAUUACCGAAUAAUUGUUGAAGGCAUCGAAGGAUCGGGUUAUUACGUAAACAUUGCUGUUGAUGAAUUUACAUUUACAACUGGAGCAUGUACCACUUCAACAGCUUCAAACGAAAACGAAUCAUAUUCAACAAGAAACAUUGCAAUUAUAUCGGGAGCAAGUGGUGGUCUUCUUCUUCUACUUGUUAUUGGUAUGGUUAUCAUUUAUUACGUACGUCAGAAGAACAGACAAAGAAGUUCAACCAGUUCCACCACUCAGCCUGGGAGUGCUCAGAAUCCGACUCAUCAAACCAAUCAACAGAAUACUAUGACAGGCAUAACACCACCUAGUUACGAAAACGUUUGUAACACAUCGCCAUUCUACAUCAACGCUACUCCUGGUUUUACCAAUCAUGGUGUUAUUCCCCACUUGACACCAGCAGAAAAUUUAGGGCAAAACGUAUAUACGGUACCGAUGACUGCAAUCAUCUCUGGUAACAAUUCCAAUGCAAAUCCAAAAACUUGAGAGAUUGUGCGUAAUGUUACUACUAUUGAAUAGUUGAAAAUGUUGGCGCAAGAGGAAACGUUUACGAGUCCAAUGCAACAAUAGUCGGUCAAGGGCAAAAGUGACUUUGAUUUUAUUUUGAAAUCUGAUGAAAGUAUAAAUAGAAGACUUUUAUCAUUGUUUGUAGUACAAGCCUUGUGUUUGUAAAGCACUUAACUAAUGCAUGUUAAAUAACUCAAUUUUAUUUAUAUAUCAAACACUGUUAUUCUGAUAAAAUGUCCUCUAUAGAAUGGAGAAAAAUAUCGUUUGACAGGCUCUGCACAGAUAAAUACAAUUUUAUCUAUUAAUUUUUGCUGAAGAAACUGCAUGUGAAAGUAGGCAAAGCGUUUGUAUUAUCAAGUAAUAAUUUAAUAACUAAUGAAUAACCACAAACCAGUUGUUGAAACUUUAAAAACCACACUUACAUAAAUACAUGUGUGUGAAGCAAUUAUUCAUUUUUGUUGUGAUAAAAUAAUGUCCUCAAUGCUUGUUAACUUUUAAAAUAGAAACAAUUUGCCUUUCCAA